AUGAUUAACCAACUAGCUCGUUCCCAGAAACGAGUCGUCGGAGCCCCGCUGACUUUCCUCGGUCCACCAGUUUGCCCCGCCAAGGCGGAGAGCUUACCGGCUUCUACGGAGCACGAGGAUUUCGUUGGCAAUGACACGAAUUCGGCUGCUCUUGGGUCCCUGGAUGGCCAGUCAAGCCCUAUGUCCGCAGAUUUCUGGGCUGGCUACCUGAGCGGAGCCAUUGGUAUCAUCAUCGGCAACCCUUUGGAUAUUAUCAAGGUCCGCCUUCAGGCUUCACAUACUACCCCAGCGAAUGCGAUAACCCCGCCCAAUCCUAUAAGGGGCCAAUUUGAGGGCACCAGCUCCCUUGUCAGAGGCGCUGCGGCCCCGAUUCUUGGAUAUGGAGCUCUUAACGCCCUUCUGUUCGUUGCGUAUAACCGGACUUUGAUGUAUUUAUCGCCAACGACGACCGACCCAACAAACCCGCAAGGUGUGCCGUUAUCUCAGAUUUGGCUUGCAGGCGCAAUAGGAGGACUUGCAAGCUGGACAAUAUCUUCUCCAACUGAGCUCGUCAAAUGUCGUGCGCAACUCAGCAGCCAUCAGUCUGUUUCCUCCUGGGCCGUUGCAAAGGAUAUCUUACGCAAGUCAGGCCCAAAAGGUCUUUAUUUCGGGGGCCUAGUUACAAGUAUCCGUGACUCUGUGGGAUACGGCUUUUAUUUUUGGUCUUACGAACUCUGCAAGCGAUUGAUGGACUCCGGAGGGCCAAGUUCGCAACAAGAAGCCAUCACUAUUUUGUUGUGCGGUGGAAUUGCAGGUGUUGUAACGUGGGCAUCUGUUUUUCCACUUGAUGUAAUUAAAACGAGGCUUCAGGCUCAAUCUCUUCCAGGAGCUCGUUUGGGUAGCAUCCUUCCGGAUAGACACCUGUUGCUGGCCAGUGCAUCCCACUCUCAGACCCCCACGACUGGCCGGAUAUUGAAUUCGGUUGAGAUAACCAGGCAAGCAUACCGCUCCGAGGGCCUGAGCAUUUUCUACCGAGGGCUUGGAGUGUGUAGUAUUCGAGCGUUUAUCGUGAACGCUGUGCAGUGGGCGACUUACGAGUGGAUCAUGAAAGCCUUCGAACAAUCCCGUGAUCUACCUCAAAUUUUAGAGAAAAUUUAAGCUUCAUUAACUAUUCUGUACCAGUAUAAACCAUAUUAAAAUCUAGAUUAAAAUCUAGGUCGGAGAGAUCGCGGCCACCGUUCGUGAAGGUUGGUAUCCGUAUCUCCAAUGAUUUUAACCAUACGCAUCAUCCUAGUUGGUGGUUCCACAUUUCCAAGUGACUUUCUUGGGUUCCUGAGGGCUAAGCUAGCUGUAGUCUGUAUGACUUUGGACAUUGACAACGUCCGCCGAUGGGGAUUCCGUGGGAUUGGAGGCGCUUCGCAGAACCCGUCUCGAAACGACAACGCCAACAUAUAUCAUCCAGCGACUCUACUGUACCUGUGCUGAUCUGAUGGCGCAUUAGGGGCCAUUCUUGUAAGUCAAACGGCAACAUUUUCAACCCUCGUUUGACUCGGUAAUCUGCAUCGCAUCUCCAUCACCACGCUUCCCGUUAUCACUCGUCAAUCCGACCGCCGCUUCGGCUAGUUUCUGUGUAUGUG